CGAGUGGACGUUCGUGCAAAAAUCAAAUCGGCUGCAAUCACAAGAGUAAAGGAGGCGAUGGUGCCCAACAGUGUUAAUCCAGAUCUGCAGAAAGAGCGCGAUGGAGCAAGCUUCAAUAGAGAAGAGUUUGCCAGCUGGUGGGCGGGUGGAGCGGAGUCGCUUAAAUUUAAGAGAGACGUCAAGGAGUAUAUGCUAAAAGGACUGAAUCAUGCUGACCACGCACUUUUGUACUACAAAUCCCACGAAGAGAUCUGCGACUUUUCCGUUAGAACUGCAAUUGAGACGGGCAAGAGACUGCGCCGGCUUCAAGAGGAGCGCAAUCCUGGUGGCGAUGAGUACUGGCCAGAACUCUACGCGUCGCCCGAAGUGUGGGCUGCAACGCCCGCCGGCAACCCCUUUGGAGUGCAAUACGUGAUGCUGGUGAAGGCGCUGAAGGCUCAGUGCACGCCGGAGCAGUACGAGGAGUUCGGCAAACGGGUUGAACGCUUCGAGGUUUGUGCCACCUAUGCCCAGACAGAGCUGGGCCAUGGCACCUACUUAAGGGGAUUGGAGACGCGCGCCGACUACGAUCGUCAAGCCGAUGAGUUCGUCCUAAACACGCCCAAGAUAUCGUCCUACAAGUGGUGGCCCGGCGGCUUGGGUCACUGCUCCAACCACUGUUUGCUGGUGGCUCAGCUGUAUAUCGACAACCAACCCAAGGGCAUUCACAUGUUCUAUGUGCAGGUGCGCGACGAGAACACUCACGAACCAUUGCCUGGAGUACACAUUGGCGAAAUAGGCAAGAAAAUGGGCUUCAUUGGCGUCAACAAUGGGUUUCUGGGCGUGAAGAAUGUUCGCAUACCGCGCACCCGCAUGCUGAUGCGCCACGCCCAGGUGAAAGCCGAUGGCACCUACGUGAAGAGUCCAGCCGAUGUUCUAACUUAUUUCGCAAUGGUCCACACGAGAUGCAUCAUUGCGCGCAACAAUGCCCUUUUCCUGGCCAUGGCUGCCACAAUUGCAACGCGCUACGCUGCCGUCCGUCGCCAGAGUCCCAUCAAUCCCAAAGCCCCUGAGCCGCAAAUCAUCGAUCACGUAACUCAACAGCUGAAGGUGUUUCCCGAAAUCGCCUCCAGUCUGGCGUAUCAUCUGGCCUCGAACAACCUCUGGGGCUUAUAUAGUGUUACCAUUAAUGAUAUUGCCAGGGGGAAGUACGAACGCUUGCCCGAGCUCCACUCCUUGUCCUGUGCCCUUAAGGUCCUCUGCUCGACUGAUUCAAGUCUGGGCAUUGAACGCCUGCGUCUGGCUUGUGGCGGCCAUGGCUAUUUAACUUCGGCCAAUCUCUCCAAUUUGUAUAUAAGUGCCACGGCUGCGUGCACCUAUGAGGGCGAGAACACAGUCCUGUUGCUGCAAAUCGGUCGUUUUCUGAUGAAGUCGUGGCGUGCCGCUCUGGCCGGCGCUCCAUUGGCACCAACCGUAAAUUACUUGGCCGACGGGGUGAGAAAUGCUGAGUUCGGAGCAUGGACCGGCAGCUGGGAGAACCUGGUCGAUGCCAUGAAGUUUGUGGCGGCCAACAAGACACGUUUGGCCUACAAGAGCUUGACGAAUCGGUUGGAGAAGGGCGAAACCGAAGAGGAGGCUGCCAAUCAUACCGGCAUAGAGCUUAUCCAGGCCGCAGAGCUGCAUGGUCGUGCCUUUGUUUUUGGCUCAUUCGUGUCAGAGGUUACGGGUGCAAAGUCCAAGACACGGUCGGCCUCUUUGAAUGCCGUAUUGGAGCUACUGCUGGAGCUCUAUCUGAUCCAUGUUACGCUAAAGCAGAUGAGCGAUAUUCUACGCUUUAUCAAUCUGUCCGACGCCGAUCUAAGCAAGCUGCAGGAACGCCUCGAAACCACUUUGACCAAACUACGGCCCGAAGCUGUGGCUAUUGUCGAUGGCUUCGACUUUACCGAUCAACAAUUGAGCUCCACGCUGGGCUCCUUCGAUGGCAACGCCUAUGAACACAUUUUUGAAGCGGCCAUGAACAGUCCGAUGAAUCAGAAGUCUGUGCCGAAGUUCUUUCACGAGCAUUUGGGCCCAUUUAUGAAGUCCAAUAUUUAGGGAAUUAUUUUGUUGCAUAUGAAUUGUAUAUUGUUUGUAAAUACACUGGUCGGCACAAUUAUUUUGACGAGAAGAAAA